AUGUUGAAUUUCACGACGAGUGCCGUGCUGGUCACGCGCACCUGGCGAAGGCGUUGCACGGGCUGCCAGCAGGCGCCAAGCGUCGCCUACCGAAAAAGCACCUGCUUUGGUGUUGCUGGUGUGCGACUCUGUGCAGAGUCGAGUCCACCGACACCGGCAGGUGCGGCGUCUUUGGAGAGAUCUGCGGGCGCUGGAACCGAGACUGCUGAUGGCGGUGUCUCUGGCAGCGGACAAGGUUUCACACCUUCCAUUACGGCCGAUAACGAGUCGCAGUACUAUGCGACGCGUCUCGUUGUGACUUGUCGCGACCGAAAAGGGUUGCUGAGUGACCUCACCGAUGCGCUGAAGUCGAUUGGUUUGCAGAUUCGGCGGGCGGUUGCGCGUACAAAGGACGGCAUCGCGAGCGAUGAGUUCUUUGUUACCCGGGACGGAUCGCAGCUUUCGGACACCGACCUCGAUGCAGUGGAGCAAGCACUACAGCCGGUUAUGGGUACUUCGGGUCCGACGUGCCCUGUUCCGCAGAACACUGAACGGCGCCUUCCGGCUCCGCAGUCCCCGGUGCGUUUCGUCGACCACAACCGAGGCGUCCACGUCUACGUGGAUAAUCACGCAUCGCAACAUUAUACGACCAUAACGGUGAAUGCCCCCGACCGGCCGAAUCUUCUCAACGAAAUCAUAGAUGUCUUGCACGAGCUAGAGCUUAAUAUUACGUUCGCCUGCUUAUCAACCUACGCGGAUGAAAACAAGUAUCGGCAUGACAUUUUUCACGUUACGACGAUGAGUGGCGAGCAAGUUGACGCAGUACUGCGGGAUGAGAUCAUGAAUACGCUGUAUUUUCUGCUAACUUCCCGAGAGUCGGAUGAGCAAUCCUUCUGA